ACAGUGCACUAUGGAUCCUACUAGUAGAGACAAAGUUGGUGUCUACAGGUCGAAUGAUCCUCUCAGAAGCUUUAAAAUUGAAGUGACAUUGAGGAAAGUAGCAGCCGGGAGCGUCUUCUCUCCUGUCCCACUUCCAAACGCAAGAGCGAAUCAAGAAGGACUGGAACUGAACGAAAUGAGACACGAGAACGAUUCCAAUACGGAGACGUGUGUGUUCGCUUGGCAGGAGAAGCUGUUCUCGGAAAGAGAAGAGGAUUUCUACGCCGACAGAAACAACUGUCUUACUCCAUUAGAACUGAAGUAUAACGAUGAUGUGGUGGCUGUCAAGGCAUCGGGAGGUAGAAGAAACAGUAGGAUAUUCACGUAUGUCGAUCAUGAUCAAUACACCGACACAACAGAGUGUGUUGCCACGGAAACAACGUCGUCACAGCAAGUGACCUCAUAUUUGGUACAGAACGUUCUCAAUGUGAGGCAAAGACGCACUGGUGCCAGGGCUGCAUUUGAAGUGACUGGACGUAGGGAUGAUGGCCAAGCCAUCACUUCCAGGAUCGAUCCUGUUGCCAUACCGACAUCAGCCGAAUCUGUGCCAGCCAAUCAUGUCAUUAGUACUCCAUCACAAACUAUGCAUGUGAUGACUGAUCUGAGUCCUGCAGAUCGACUGGGACAGUUAGAAGAUGAGCACUUGCUUUGUACUUUAAGAGCUGACUCACAUGGUGUUAUUACUGUGAAGCCAGAUUUUAAUCAAAAAGGAAAACGCUAUUACAUUGAAAACACAGAAGGGGAGCUGUUUGAGUUUACAAUCAAACACGUGUCUAGUCCGAUGAGUCGAUCAAUCAAGGUACAAGAAACAAAUAUGUUUAGAGAGUUGUACGGUCGACAUAGUGAAAUACUUUUAAGUGCUGUCGGUCAAGAUUUUGCUCGACCUCACAGUGAAAAUGAAAUACUAUUUUGUGCAUUUGGAGAAAUAGUUAGUGCAGCAGACUUUGAGUAUGAUGGUCUUUAUGUAGAGUAUUUUGUACAUCUGCCUGAUGGUUGGAAACCAUCUGGUCUCGACCAGAAAUUGACUGGGAUCAGUAAUAUAUCAUAUACUCGUCAGACUGGCGAUAGGACUGUUGCUCAUUUUGGAUUUCCGUUUGAGUUUGAGGUUCUUUUUAAUUCAGAAUUGUUGGAAGAUGGUCAAAGUCCUCACAUGCCAGAAGUCUACUUGCAGGUGAUAUCGUUAGACUUUUGGGAACGACAUCGCACUGAGGGCUAUGGUCGACUUGUUCUUCCUCAGCGUUCUGGUGUGUAUCAGGAGAAUAUUUUAACUUGGCGACCUUUUGGACGUGGUGUGGUGUCUGAAAUGAGAAGAUACUUUAUUGGUGGAUCACCUGAAUUAGAUGAUAUUACGUAUGUAUCCAAACCAACUGGAUUUACAGGAAGCCAUAUGAGCCGAUAUGGUUUUCGAGCUACGACAUCAGGCACUGUUGUUGUCCGUCUAAAUGUCAUCCAGCAAUCACAGAAAGUUAUAGAUUCUCAAAGACGGGAUCAAGGCGGUAGAACUGAAACUGCAGCUUCUGCUGCUGUUUUGUCAUCAUUUUCAGCUGCCUUGGAUGCUUUCCAACGUGCCCGAGAAAGAAUGCGAAAUGUUAAAGAAAGUCUAAAAUACUGAAGCUUUGUGUACUUCAUGGUUUUGGAUGUAUUGAGUAUUGAUGCAUGGCUAAUUAGUGGUUUGACUAUUUAUGAUUUGUUGAUAUUAAUUUAUCAUACUCGAUGACUGAA